GACUACUAUAUAAACGAGGAAACAACAAACCAUUUACAUCACAACACAGACAACGACAAUAAAAUACACAAAGAUCAAACAAGAACUGAAAAUGGCAGCACGAGCCACAACAUUAUAUGCUCUCUUGCUAACAUCCCUCCAACUCCUCUUAACAUGUCACGUAACAUUGGCGGCCGGAGGAAAAUGGGAUCUCCUCCUCUCCGACGUCGGAAUCUCCGCUAUGCACAUGCAGCUCCUUCCCAACGACCGUGUCGUGAUGUUUGACCGAACCAACUUUGGUCCAUCGAACAUUUCUCUCCCCAAUGGUAACUGCCGUAACAACCCUCAGGACGCCGUCUCCAAAAUCGACUGCACAGCUCACUCCAUUGAAUACAACGUUGAAUCAAACACCAUCCGUCCAUUAACUGUACAAUCCAACACAUGGUGCUCCUCCGGUUCUCUUAGACCGGACGGAGUUCUUGUCCAAACCGGUGGAGACCGGGACGGCGAGUUAAAAGCGAGAACCUUCACUCCUUGUGAUAACAAUGAAUGUGACUGGGUCGAGAUUAACAAUGGCUUAGCAAGGAGGAGAUGGUACUCUUCUAACCAUAUUCUUCCUGAUGGUAAACAAAUCAUUAUCGGAGGUCAAAGACAGUUCAGCUACGAGUUCUUCCCCAAAACGACAUUUCCUAACGUUAUCGACUUGCCGUUCUUGGCCGAGACUAAUGAUAGAGGAGAAGAGAAUAACCUUUAUCCUUACGUUUUUCUCAACACCGAUGGAAACCUAUUUAUAUUCGCUAACAACCGAGCGAUACUACUCGACUAUGUUAACAACAAGGUGGUGAAAACUUAUCCAACGAUCCCCGGUGGUGAUCCUAGGAGCUAUCCGAGCACUGGCUCAGCCGUGUUAUUACCGUUGAUGAAUCUUGAAGCCGACAAGAUCGACGCGGAAGUUCUGGUGUGUGGAGGUGCACCAAAAGGAUCAUUCAUCCUCGCGUUAAGAAAGAGAACAUUCGUGAAAGCUCUUGACACGUGUGCGAGGAUCAAGAUCAACGAUGAGAAUCCUCAAUGGACGGUUGAGAAGAUGCCACAGGCUAGAGUCAUGGGAGACAUGACGCUUUUACCUAACGGAGAUGUGUUGCUUAUCAACGGUGGUUCUGCUGGAUCAGCUGCAUGGGAGCUUGGUCGUGAACCUGUUUUCGUACCUGACUUGUACCAUCCCGAGAACCCAGUUAACUCGAGGUUUGAGUCACUUAACCCGAACACAAUACCGAGAAUGUAUCACUCUACGGCGAUUCUUCUACGUGAUGGGAGGGUUCUUGUCGGAGGAAGUAACCCUCACGGGUUUUACAACUUCACUGGAGUGCUUUUCCCGACCGAGUUAAGCUUGGAAGCUUUCUCUCCGGCUUACCUAGAACCCGAGUUUGCGAGACUUCGUCCAAAGAUUCAGUCUCCUAACUCGCAGUCGACAAUUACGUAUGGGAUGAACUUGAAGGUGAAAUUUAAGGUUGCUGGAGGAGUCAAGGGUCCAGUUAAAGUGACGAUGGUGUUUCCAUCGUUCACGACACAUUCGUUUUCCAUGAACCAAAGGCUUUUGGUUUUAGAUAAUGUUAGAGUUAAGAAAACAAGUUCCUUUUUUGGUGCUUUGUUUGGUAAGUCGAAGAACUAUGAGGUUCAAGUGAAGACUCCAAGAUCGGCUAGUAUCGCACCGCCUGGUUAUUAUAUGAUGUUUGUGGUGAAUGAAAACGUACCAAGUGAAGGUAUUUGGGUAAGGUUACAGUGAUUUCAUAUAUUUAUUGGCUUCAU